AUGCAAUAUCAAUUUACUCGGUUUCAAUCAUACACCCUACUCACGCGCGCCACAUGUGCCUGUGUCUGUGUGUAUGUGUGCACGGGUGUGAUGGGGAGAGAAGCCGAGAUGUGGGUUUGCUUCAUAGCCUGUCGGGAGUGGGGCAUGUGUGAGCAGGACACGGCUGAUUGGACGAGCGAGAGGGUGUCGAGGGCGGCGAUGCGGCUGACGAUGGACGACAGGAAAGCGCAGUCGGAGAAGCAUUUUUGUGUGGCGCCGGACGCCAACAAACAGUUGCUACGUGCUCGGCCGGCCUCGUGA